AUGCUUUCCAUUUUACAGCUAGGAAAAGGCAGGCCGACUUUGGCCAGGUCCCCAACCCCUAGCAGCCUGAUCCUAGAGCCUGUCCUCUUGGUGGCCGAACUGACGUCCAACGCCGAGACCGGUGCUCAGCAUAAUUCCUCCGCAGGUGCGGAUGUUAAGGUAAACCUGAACGAUGGAGCUGCAGUCGUGCGAACGAGUCCGUAUCUGCGGCUCGCUCCUAACAGCCCUGUGCUACCUCAGCAUCCGAUCCAAGAAUUUAGUCCUGAAAAGCGCCGGGCGACAGCCGUCGUGGGGACUGUGGCCCGCCCCACAGGCGCUCCCGUGCAGGCCUCCGCCCUCCCCAGGCCUCCGCCGGCCGCUCCUCGCAGGCCGAACCCGCCCAGCUCCCUCCGCCCUCGGCCCCGCCCGACGCCGAACCUUCCUAGCGGGCCCGGGUCUGCGCCGCCAGGCGGCUGCCAGGCGGCUGCCAAGCGGCGCCCGAGCGGCCUCGGAGCACCGGGCCGCGCGCCCCCAGCCCACUCACCGCGCAGCGGGCCACCCGCCGCCACCCUGGCUCGCUCGCUCGCUGGGCGCCCCUCGCGCCGCCGGAAGUGCGGGCCUUGCCGUCAGUCGGCGCCGCGCGGCCGCUCUAGGAACGUGGCGGCGGCGACCCUCUAUGGUGCUGGGCCCACCGGAAAGAAGAAACCCUUUGCUUCCUUCUGUUUGUUUCCUUUUCCCGCCCCGCCGAAGUCCUCCCGAGGACCUGAGGAGCGCGAGACCUGUGGCCGGGUCCCUUUGUGUGCGCGCCGUGGCCUCCGGAGCCGGCUGACUGCAGCCCGAGCUGCUCCAGUCUGAUGGCUUCCAAUACCAUCUGUUUACCUGAAGACUCCUGACUUGGUAACUCUAGUCUGACCCUGGGAUGCAAACAGUAUUAUCCAAUUGUUUACUCAGCUGCCAUUUGCAUGUGUGCCAGACAUCCUGAACCUAACCUGCACUACAGAGGAAUUGCUGACAUUCACCCAACCUGUUCCUUCAACAGUCUUCAUCCCAGCAGUUGAUGGCAACUCCUUCUUUCUAGUUGCUCAGGCCAAAAAUCUGACUUUGUGUCUUUUUUCACCCCAAAUCCAAACCCAAUCCAACUCUGAAUUCUGGUGUCUCUGUCUUCAAAUAUAUACUGAAUUGAACUGC